AUGGGAAAAUAUAAGGAAAAAAACAAUGUUAUACAAAAAACAAUAGGUAAUAAUAUCUUUAAACUUAAUAAAGAUAUUGGACAGCAUAUUUUGAAGAAUCCUUUGGUUGCUCAAGGAAUUAUUGAUAAAGCAGAUUUAAAGCCUUCUGAUAUUGUUCUUGAAGUUGGAUCUGGUACUGGAAAUCUUACUGUUAAAAUUUUACAGAAAGCAAAAAAGGUUAUAGCUGUCGAAAUGGACCCACGUAUGAGCAUGGAACUUGUUAAACGUGUACAGGCAACACCUGAUGAAAAACGUUUAGAAAUACUUCUUGGAGAUGUCAUUAAAAUAGAUCUUCCAUAUUUCGAUGUUUGUAUAUCGAACACCCCAUAUCAAAUUUCUAGUCCUCUUGUUUUUAAGUUACUUAAGCAAUCUCCUCCGCCUCGAUUAGCUAUACUAAUGUUUCAACGUGAAUUUGCCAUGAGACUUGUUGCUAAGCCUGGUGAGCCUCUUUAUUGCCGUUUAAGUGUCAAUGUGCAAAUGUGGGCAAAAGUUACGCAUGUAAUGAAAGUAGGGAAAAAUAAUUUUAAACCACCUCCUCAGGUAGAAAGUAGCGUUGUUAAAAUUGAACCUAAAAUUCCACCUCCACCAAUUAGUUUUGAAGAAUGGGAUGGUCUUCUUCGAAUAUGUUUUGUUCGAAAAAAUAAGACUAUUCUGUCUGGAUUCAAAACAUCUUCGAUACUUAAUAUGUGUGAAAAGAAUUAUAAUAUUUGGUGUUCUCAAAACAACAUACCAAUGGAUGGUAUUCCUAUAAAAGAUAAAAUUGAAAAAGUGUUAAAUUCUGUAAAUCUUGGUAAUAAACGGGCUCAAAAAUGUGAUGAUAGUGAUUUUUUAAAAUUAUUAUAUGCUUUUAAUAAAGAAGGAAUUCAUUUUGCCUGA